AUGGCUCCCGUUUACGCCGACCACCCGUUUCAGCUCAUCCCGGACCCGCGGCCGGAGGGCAUCAAUACAAAGAAUGACAUCUUUGACAACUCGGCGGUCGAGAUGACGGCCAUCCACAACUGCUUCAUCCGCGGCAUCAACGCCAUCUACUUGCAGGCGCCGCACGUCAAGCCCCAGGAAGUCAAGGCGUUUGCCAACUACGCCGCGCUCUGGGCCAAGAUGGUGCACAUCCACCACCACGAAGAGGAGACCCAGUUCUUCCCCAUCGUCGAGAAGAUGGCCGGCGAGCCGGGGCUCAUGGCCACCAACGUCGCGCAGCACCACGAGUUCCACGACGGCCUCGAAAAGUACACGGCCUAUGUCCAUGCCGUCGCGGCCGGCAAAGAACCGUACGAUGGCAAUGCGCUGCGGGCCAUCAUCGACGCCUUUGGCGGCGUCUUCAUCCAGCACCUGACGGAGGAAAUCACGACGCUCAUGGGCCUCCGCAAGUACGGCGCCGAGCGCUUCAAGGACUACCCGGCCGAGUGCGCCAAGCUCGGCAAGCAGGCCAUUGCCAGCGCCGGCGCCACCACCGGCAUCAUUUUCGUCUUUACCUGCCUCGACGUCCACUUUGAGGACGGCCGCUGGGCGGCCUUCCCGCCCAUGCCCUGGAUCGUCGUCCAAAUGUUCCGCUAUGUGCAGUAUUGGUUCCACACCGACUGGUGGAAGUUUGGCCCCUGCGACCGCCUGGGCAACAUGCGGCCGCUCUAUGCGGUGCCUGCAGAGUAA